AUGGCAAAGAAGAAGAAAUCGACUCGGAAGCCUGUGACACGUUCGGUUGCCCAGGGCUCUCCGUCAAUCCUAGAUGAGAAUGAUCAGGAAGGCUCUGCUGCUGGUGAUGCAAUCUUUGAAGGUGAGGUGCCGACUAAGGGGUUGACUCUCAUUGCUAAAGUGGUUAAGUCGACAGAAUUUAGGGAAAACCAGGUUGCUGAGCAUUGGGCCUCUGGGAUGGCUACUCUAUCGUUGAACCAUCCUAGCUGGGCGGACAAGGUGGAGAAAGGUGACUAUCAGGCCCCGGCUCACAAUCAAUGGCAACAAUUCAUGGCGGGUAAACUCUCAUUUUGUGACAAAAAACUAGAGUUUGCUGAACCCUUGAUUAAAGAUGGUAAGAAAAUUACUCAGGUUGAUAUUGAAGAGGUCAAAUGCCAAUCUGCUAAUUGGAGUUCUGCAAUUAUUUGUAUGGUUCUUGGUGCUAAUCCCCCAAUGGCUGUGUUUGAAGGGUUCAUCAAAAGAGUUUGGGGUCAUCUAGGGAUUGUUCAAAUAGCUAGAAUGACAAUGGGGCUGACUAUGGUCAAGUUUAAUGAUGAUGCUACUCGAGAUUGCGUGCUUGAAAAUGGUAUCCUUCAGUUUGAUAGGAAACUAGUUAUCAUCUGUCCAUGGACUACUGAUCUCAGUGCAGUUCGCUUAAUCCGCUCAGUACCUCUGUGGAUACGAUUACAUGACUUAGGCCUUCAGUAUUGGGGUAGCAAAUGCCUUAGUGCUCUUGUGAGUACGAUAGGUAAAUCGAUCAUGGUAGAAAAAUUUACUCGAGAGCGAUCUAGAGUUCAAUUUGCUAGGGUUUUUGUGGAGAUGGAUAUACCAGAUAAUCCCCCUAGGAUUAUACAAUACCUUAAUGAGUAUGGUCAACUUGUUGAACAGGCGGUGGAUUAUGAAUGGCUUCCUAUGAAAUGUAAAGUAUGCUCUGGAUAUGGUCAUGCCAUGGUGGACUGUCGAAUGGAGAUGAAAAUUCAGUGGGUCCAGAAGGACACUCAGCCUAAAAUUGAUUUAGAGGGGGGGGGGGGGGGGGGGGGGGGGGGGGGGGACAAGGGCAACCAACAUAUGGUUGAUAUCCCUGAUCUGUCUAAGGGUUCGGCCAAUGCAACUACAAUUGCUGAGGGACAAAACAUCAGUGAAGCUACUUGGAAAAAUCCAAAGAAAGUGGUUCUUCUUUCCAAACAAGGACCAACUGAAACUGUUAGUACUCUGGCUGCUAAAGUUCCAACUGGGCCAGGACAGAACCGGAAAAACUCAUUUAAGGUGCUUCAAGAGCAGGCGGAGGGUGAGAAAGGAGAUAUAUGUGGUAGAAAUAAAGUGGGGGUUGGUGCUCUAUUGGAAACUAAAAUGAGGGGGAAUAAAGUCGUGGAGUUAAUGGCUCAUAAGUUUACAAAUUUGGAUUUUUAUUCCAGUCCUGUUACUGAAGGAAAAAUAUUGAUCAUUUGGAGGAAGAUAUUUGUGAAAGUUAUUAUUAUAGAGGAGACUAAUUAUGGGGAACGGAAGAGAUUAUGGCAAAGUUUACCUAGGCUUACUCUCCCUGCAAAGUCUUGGGUUAUCUGGGGUGAUUUUAAUGCCAUAUUUACUGUUAAGGAUAGAAGUGGUGGUAAACCUGUUUCCAAAUCGAAACUGAUGGAUUCUUCUCAAUGGCUUGCUGGGAAUCAAGUGGAUUCGCUUAAAAGUACUGGAUCUUUUUUUACAUGGACAAAUAAUCAAGAUGGGCCUGCUCGUAUAUACUCUAAGAUAGACCAUGUCUUUACUAAUGAUGACUGGCUUGAUUUUUUUCCUACUUCCACAGCUGUUUUUCAUUGGGAAACUGUCUCUGACCAUUGUUCUUGUAUUGUUUCUGCCACGUCCAUGGAGAAUAUGGGUGUUAAAUUGUUUCGAUUCUAUAAUUUUUGGAUAGAUCAUCAAGAUUUUAAAGAGGUGAACCUGAAUAGCUGGAGGAAACCGAUUAAUGAGACUGGUUUGAAGGCUAUUUACUUGAAGACCAUGACGCUGAAACAUAGAUUGAAGAGAUUUAACAGGGACAAUAUUGGAGAUAUAGGAGUGAAAUAUCAAGAGGCAAAGGGUCAUUACCAGGAAGCUCAAAUCCAAGCUCAAAAACAUCCCUGA